GCAAGUUUUCUCGCCGAGUAACAUGCUACGGUUACAAUUCACGGUUCGAUUUGUCUGGAUUUCGUCGACCUGCGAAACAAUAGCACAAAAAGAUUGAGAGAUGAGCGGUGUCAGAAAGAAAAUCAAUCAUUUAGCGGUGUUCAAGCAGCGUACGAAAAAUGACGAUAACGCUGAAUUGUCGAAAAGCGUGAUUAUAUCUGCGAGAAAGUCGGGGAAAUUGAAUCUCUCGUCAAGAGGAUUGUCCACGGUACCUGACAGAAUAUGGAGUAUAAACGAAUUAACCAAAGAAGAAUUACAUGAUUUACAUUUUGAACUUGAUUACGAGCACAAAGAAGAGCGAUGGUGGGAACAAGAGCCGUUAAAAGUCUUGGAUCUAAGCUCCAAUAAUCUAACUGCAAUCAGUGAUAAAGUUCAAUUUCUAACGGAAUUAAGUACUUUAGAUUUGCACAACAAUUUGUUGGAAGAACUACCAUCUGAGAUUGGCUCUUUGAAUAAACUAAGAAUAUUGAACUUAUCGGACAACAAACUCAAAAGUUUAACUCUUCAGCUUUACAUGUUGGAGGAAUUAGGCGAAUUACAUCUAAAAAAUAAUGAUUUAAGUAUACUUGAACCUGAGAUUGGAAAUCUAAUUAUGUUGAUUCAUAUGGAUUUAUCAUAUAAUAAUUUAAGUGAACUGCCUAUUGGAAUAGGAUAUUUGGUACGAUUAGUCACAUUGGAUUUAAGUCACAACAUGAUAAAAGAAUUGCCACCAGAUAUGACAAGUAUGAGAUCAUUAAAAACAUUAGAUGUCAGCUUUAACCAGUUGGAGAUACUGCCACCAUUCGGUGAAUUGCGAAAAAUAGAAAAAAUUAUGCUCCAGUCUAACAAUUUGAAGAAUUUUCCAGACGUAUCAGGUUGUUCAGCUCUAAGAGUAUUGCAUUUGGAUAACAAUAACAUUCUUGAGAUUGAGCCAGAAUGCUUAGAAGGAGCAACACUUUUAAAAAAACUCACAUUGGCAUAUAACAAAAUUGAAAUGAUACCCGAAGAGAUAAUGAAACUAAUCAAUUUGGAAGUUUUUGAUUUGUCGCAUAACAAUAUAUCUCUAAUACCUUUUUGCAUCGGAAUAUUGCCGAAUUUAAAACAGUUCGUAAUAAAGGGAAAUAAUAUAAAAAACGUGAGGGGCGAUAUAAUACGAUGUGGCACGCCACGCAUUCUGACGCACAUACGACAGAUUACGGAUAGUACAAAUGUAAAUACUAGGGAAUUGCUACAAUCGAGUGCCAGCAUUAGCACCUAUCCUGACAAAUAUAUGAUGAAAAGUACAAAACUGCUGAGCUUAGCUGGGCAAAAUCUUUUAGAAUUACCAGACGAAGUUUUAGAGAAUGCAGUGGAAGCAUCCGUCGAAACUAUUGAUUUGAGUAGAAACAAAUUAUCAGAGUUGCCUGAAAAAAUGUCAGCUAUCGUUACAGUGACGGACGUAAAAUUAAUUUCAAAUCAUCUAACACUAUUGCCAGAGUGGAUUGGCGAAAAGUAUAAACAUUUGCAGGCUUUAGAUAUAAGUAAAAAUUAUUUGCAAUCUCUACCAUCAAGCAUCAGUUGUCUGCAAUAUUUGCGAUAUAUUGAUCUUUCAUUCAACAGAUUUGUUGAACUACCUGAAGCCAUUUACAACGUUGUAUCUUUGGAAAGCUUAAUUGCCAAUGAUAAUCUAAUUGAGAAGAUAGAUGUAUCUUCUUUAGAAAAAUUAAGAAAGUUAGCAAUUUUAGAUCUGACAAAUAAUAACAUUGCUCACGUUCCACCUGAACUUGGUAAUUUAAAGAAUCUAAGAAAUCUAUCAUUAUUAGGAAACUGUUUCAAAUAUCCUAGACAAGCAAUUCUAAUGAAAGAUACAGAGGAAGUACUAAGCUACCUGCGUAAUUUAAUACCUCGAUGAUAAAUUGAAAAGGAAAAUAAAAUAUGAAAAAAAGUUGAUUUAUAUUUAUUCCACAAAAUAUCGAUUUUCAA